GAGCUGGUGUGAGACGAGACAAUCCUGCCCCGCCGCCAGGAUAAUCAAGAGUUUUGGCCGGACCUUUGAGCAUACACUGAGAGAGUGCGGAGCCAGGCGACAAGCACACACUACGGCGCUGAAACGGAUUAAUAAGGAACUUAGUGACUUGGCCCGUGGCCCUCCAGCACAAUGUUCUGCAGGUCCAGUUGGGGAUGAUAUGUUUCAUUGGCAAGCCACAAUUAUGGGACCUAAGGACGGACCAUAUCAAGGCGGUGUAUUCUUUUUGACAGUUCAUUUUCCUACAGACUACCCCUUCAAACCAUCUAAGGUUGCGUUUACAACAAGAAUUUAUCAUCCAAAUAUUAACAGUAAUGGCAGCAUUUUUCUUGAUAUUCUAAGAUCACAGUGGUCGCCUGCUUUAACAAUUUCUAAAGCUCUUUUAUCCAUUUGUUCACCGCUAUGUGAUCCAAACCCAGAUGAUCCCCUAGUGCCAGAGAUUGCACGGAUCUAUAAAACAGACAGAGAUAAGUACAACAGAAUUUCUCGGGAAUGGACUCAGAAGUAUGCCAUGUGAUGUUACCUUAAAGUCAGAAUAACCUGCAUUAUAGCUGGAAUGAACUUUAAAUUACUGUUUCUUUUUUGAUUUUCUUAUCCGGCUGCUCCCCUAUCAGACCUCACCUUUUUUAAUUUUAUUUUUUGUUUACCUCCCUCCAUUCAUUCACAUGCUCAUCUGAGAAGACUUAAGUUCUUCCAGCUUUGGACAAUAACUGCUUUUAGAAACUGUAAAGUAGUUACAAGAGAACAGUUGCCCAAGACUCAGAAUUUUAAAAAAAAUGGAGCAUGUGUAUUAUGUGGCCAAUGUCUUCACUCUAACUUGGUUAUGAGACUAAAACCAUUCCCCAUUGCUCUAACAUGCUGAAGAAAUCAUCUGAGGGGGAGGGAGAAGGAUGCUCAGUUGUCACAUCAAAGGAUACAGCGUUAUUCUAGCAGCAUCCAUUCUUGUUUAAGCCUUCCACUGUUACAGAUUUGAGGUUACAUGAUAUACUUUAUGCUCAUAACUGAUGUGGCUAGAGAACUGGUCUUGAAUUUAUAGCAUCAGCAGAACAGAAAAUGUGAUGUAUUUUAUGCAUGUCAAUAAAGGAAUGACCUGU